AUGAGUGCGCAGGUGAAGGCUGAAUAUGACUUUGAAGCCCAACCUGGCACCGGCGAGAUGAACAUCACGAGCGGGGAGAUUCUAACGGUUGUUCGUCGGAAUAUCGAAGGUGGUUGGAUGGAAGGAAGCAAUUCACGAGGUCAUGUCGGCUUGUUUCCUGAAUCCUACGUCGUUCCAUAUUACGGUGCACCACCUGGUAUACCACCGAUUCCGUGA